AUGGAAGAAUUAUCAGGUGUGAGAAAAGGGUGGAGUAAAUUUGAAGAUGAACUUCUCAAAGCAUGUGUUCAUGUUUACGGGGAAGGACAAUGGCACCUUGUUCCUCAGAGAGCAGGGUUGAAGAGAUGCAGGAAGAGUUGUCGAUUGAGAUGGCUAAACUAUUUGAAACCAAAUAUCAAGCGAGGAGAUUUUAGUGAAGAUGAGGUUGAUUUGAUGAUCAAAUUGCAUAAACUUUUGGGAAACAGGUGGUCCCUGAUUGCAGGAAGACUUCCAGGAAGAACUUCAAACGACGUGAAGAAUUACUGGAACACCUACACACGACGUAAAUCACACUCUCAAAACAAACAAAACAACGUAAAACAGAAGGAUGAGACAGAAUCAACACUGAAAUGUCAUCAAGUUGUAAAGCCUGUGCCUCUAGCUUUAUCAAAGACUUGUUGUCCCAAGUUGCUGCAAGAGAAAUUUAUAAAUAAUUCAAAAGUUGGUGUAUUUGAAGAAGGUACAAGUUCUUUAUCUGGGUCUGAGAAUCGAUUUGAAACUUUGUUAGAUGAGAAGGGAAAGAAUAUUACAGUUAACAACAAGACAUGCUUCUUUGCAGAAAAAGAUGGAGUGUUUGAACAGUGGGAUGAAGACCUUAGUUCAAUUGCUUCUCACUUUCUUACAGAAUGUGAAACUUGGACCGAUAUGUUUCUUGACCUGGGAAUUAAUUAG